AUGGAAGCAUUCACGUUCGCGACCUCAACACAGGUCGACUUUCCGGUGCAGGUGAAGAUCGGUGCUUUGGAAGGCAAACAGAAGCUGAUCCCAUAUUCAACACUCCUCAAGAAUCCCGAGUUGCGACAUCUCGGGUCAAAUCAGAGCCCGGCAUCAGAUCUUUUUGUAACCGUUCAGCUAUGGUCCGAUUCAAAGCCCCUCGGCGUGCCGAUGCAGACAUCAUAUAAAUCCUUCAAGACGAGUCGUAUAUGGAACGAAUGGUUGCAAAUGCCACUAUUCAUCAAAGAUGCGCCUUUGGGAUCUCAGUUGGCUAUUACGAUAUGGGACCUCUCACCCUUAGGCAAUGAAGCCUCUAAUAAUCAUGGCGUGCCAUUUGGUGGAACUACAAUAUCACUUUUUGACGCUGAUGGGAAGCUGCGGAUGGGAAGACAGAAAUGCAAGAUUUAUCGACACAAGGCUGCGGACGGGUUUUCAACAAGUGCAACACCGGCUAUACCACCUGCUCACCGACGCAAGACGAACGGCGUACUUUCACUCACCCAAUCCCCAGAGGAGGCUGAACUCGAGCGAAUAGAGGGUCUGAUAAAGAAACAUGAAAUGGGCGAGAUAACACGAAUAGACUGGCUGGACCAGUUGGUUUUUCGCCAACUGGAGAAAAUCAAAAUCAAUGCAGAAGAAGCCGCCAGGAAAAGAGCAAUUAUAGUUCAAGCAGCGAAGAAAGCUCAGCAGAAGGAGAAUGGGGCCAAUGAAAAAGACUCUGACCCGGAAGGACUUGAUGAAGAGAAUUUUCUUCUAUAUAUUGAUUUCCCACGUUUUGAUCACCCUAUUGUAUGGGCUGAUUAUGAAUAUCCUCCCCCGCCAGUUUCUACGCAUCCGCAACACACACAUAAUAACCCUCCGGCCACCCUCAAACCACCACCUGAAGUUCGUCUAGGUCCGGGAAUUGAAGGCCAUGAUGAUGCGGGAACCUACCGAGUUAUCAGAAUCUAUGAUCCGGAAGUCGGACAGACCGGGAACCCUUGUGAAGACAAACAUAGAAGGCUUGUCCGUAGUCAUCGAACUGGAAUCAUGGACCGUGACCUGAAGCCUAACCCCAAAAUACGUGAUGAAUUGAAUUUUAUCAUGUCUUAUGGGCCAACUCAUGAGUUAACUGCAGAGGAGAAAGACCUUAUCUGGCGGUUCCGAUACUAUUUGACUCGCGAUAAAAAGGCACUCACCAAAUUCGUCAAAUCAGUCAAUUGGAGAGAUCUCGGUGAGGCUCGACAAGCCAUGGAUAUUUUACCCAAGUGGACCGAGAUUGACGUCGAUGAUGCUCUGGAACUUUUAGGACCAACUUUCGACAAUGCUACUGUGCGUGCAUAUGCAGUUGAACGUUUACGAAAGGCAGGAGAUGACGAGCUUCUCCUGUAUCUCUUGCAGCUCGUGCAAGCCCUGAAAUUUGAAAAGACACCCGAAGAAGCCCCAGAAGAAGUGGCACAUGACUCAUCGUUGGCAAAUUUCUUAAUAGCACGAGCUGCGAAUAACUUCGUCCUCGGCAACUAUCUCCACUGGUAUCUUAUGGUUGAAUGCGAUGACACAGGUAUUGCAAACUUGGCAUCUCAUCGGCGCUUGUUCGCUCGUGUGGAAUACUACUUUAUGACAGAGUUGGAGAAAGUCCAUCCAGAACAUCGAAAGACCUUGCUCCGUCAAGGCGAAUUAAUUACUGUCCUGACCCGAAUUGCAAAAGAGAUACGCUUCUCGCGAGAAAAUCGUGUCGUUAAAAUUGAGAAAUUGAAGAAAUAUCUCAAGGAUCCCAAGAAUGAAAUCAUCACCAUCGACCCCCCUUUACCCUUACCCUUGGAUCCGAAUGUCACUAUAACAGGCUGCUUCCCGGAAGACUCCAACGUCUUCAAAUCCUCCCUAUCCCCACUACUUAUCAACUUCAAAACCUCCGACGGCCGCAAAUAUCCCGUCCACUUCAAGGUCGGUGACGAUCUCCGUCAGGACCAGCUAGUCAUUCAGAUUAUCACCUUGAUGGACCAACUACUGCAAAAGGAGAAUUUAGACCUGAAGCUUACGCCAUAUCGCAUCCUAGCAACCGGCGCAACAGCUGGAGCCGCACAAUUCAUCCCUUCCACUUCCCUUUCGGCAGCGUCAGCGAAAUACAAAGGGUCUAUUCUCGCGUAUCUCAGGGCGAACAAUCCCGAUGACUCAGAGCCACUCGGUGUUCGUAAAGAGACUAUGGAUAUAUACAUAAAGUCAUGUGCAGGCUAUUGUGUCGUCACGUAUCUCCUUGGUGUUGGAGAUCGUCAUCUCGAAAAUCUUCUACUGGCGCCAGAUGGGCACUUCUUCCAUGCAGAUUUCGGCUUCAUUCUCGGUCGAGAUCCCAAACCUUUCGCACCGAUGAUGAAACUCUGUAAAGAGAUGGUAGAGGGCAUGGGUGGCGCCAAUUCGCAACACUAUCUACAAUUCAAACAACAUUGCUUCACAGCUUACACUACUCUCCGCAAGUCAGCGAACCUCAUCCUGAAUCUUUUCAGUCUGAUGGUUGAUGCCAACAUCCCAGACAUUAGAGUCGAGCCGGAUAAGGCUGUACUCAAGGUUAAGGAACGGUUUCACUUGGAACUUACCGAGGAAGAGGCCAUGAGGCAUUUCGAGCAGUUAAUCUCUGACAGUGUGAACGCUAUCUUUGGUGUUGUCAUCGAUAGGUUGCACGAUUUUGUGCAAGGAUGGAGGACUUGAUCUAAUUGAUAUAUGACUACAUGAUUGGUUCGAGCUUAUGCAAAACAACCCAUAUGCAUAUA